AUGGCCUGGGCUCCAGGGUGGAAGAGGGCGGAGCCUAAUCCAAGAGAUCUCAGGGCCAGCCAAGAUGGAAGGAGCGGCCGAGGCCGAGGCAGGGGCAGGGGUAGGGGCUGGAGCGGCACCUUCGGCCAUCUUGAGCCUAGGGCUUCUGGCUCCCGAGACCCACCUCUCUGCUUUAAAUUAAAGACCAAUAUGAUUGGUGUGGUAAUUGGUCGUGGUGGGUCAAAAAUGAAAGAAAUUCAGGCUAUGACAAACACCAAAAUACAGAUCAUAAGAGGUGAUUCUGAAGCAGAGGUAAAAAUUUUUGGCAGCACGGAUAUGAAAACAAAAGCCAAAGAAACUAUAGAGACUCUCGUUAAAAAACAAGGAAGCUACGCUUCAGAAUCUAGUGUUGGUAAUGCUGCAUCCCGACCCUCUGUUGGAAGAGGCUCAGGCAGAGAUACCACUAUCAGAGGAGGUCAGCCACUGAUAGACUGGGAUCACAUAAAGGCAGAAGUGGUGAAGUGGGAGAAAAAAAAAUGGGCCAAUUUACCACCAAUUAAGAAAAACUUUUACAUAGAAUCUAAAGCAACAAGCUCAUUGUCUCAAGAGCAAGUAGACGUUUGGAGAAAGGAAAAUUUCAACAUAAUGUGUGAUGACUUAAAAGAUGGUGAAAAACGUCCCAUCCCCAAUCCAACCUAUAAAUUUGAGGAUGCUUUCCAUCAUUAUCCUGAACUUAUGAGAAACAUUAGAAAAGCUGGUUUUCAGAAGCCAACACCAAUUCAGGCACAGGCAUGGCCAAUUAUUCUACAAGGAAUAGAUCUCAUAGGAGUCGCCCAAACUGGAACAGGCAAAACACUGUCCUACUUAAUGCCUGGGUUUAUUCAUCUCAGUUCUCAACCAAUAUCUAGAGAACAAAGGAAUGGACCUGGCAUGCUAGUCCUCCUACCCACUAGAGAACUAGCACUUCAGGUGGAAGCUGAAUGUUCUAAGUAUUCAUAUAAAGGUCUUAAAACUGUUUGUAUAUAUGGUGGUGGAAACAGAACAGAACAAAUACAAGAUGUUACUGAAGGCGUAGACAUCAUUAUUGCAACUCCUGGAAGACUGAAUGAUCUGCAAAUGAAUAACUUUGUCAAACUAAGAAGCAUAACCUACUUAGUCUUAGAUGAGGCAGAUAAAAUGCUGGAUCUGGGGUUUGAACACCAAAUAAUGAAGAUUUUAUUAGACGUGCGCCCAGACCGGCAGACUGUUAUGACAAGUGCAACCUGGCCAGAUAGCAUUCGUCGACUUGCACGAUCUUAUUUGAAAGAGCCUAUGAUUGUUUAUGUUGGUACUCUAGACCUAGUUGCCGUAAACACAGUGAAGCAAAAUAUAAUUGUUACCACAGAAGAAGAAAAACGAUUUCUUGUCCAAGAAUUCCUACAGAGCCUGUCACCCAAAGACAAAGUCAUCUUGUUUGUCAGCAGAAAACUUGUUGCUGAUGACUUAUCAAGUGAUUUAUGCAUCCACGGCAUACCUGUGCAGUCUCUGCACGGUGACAGAGAACAGAGUGAUCGUGAGCAAGCAUUAGAGGACUUUAGAAGUGGAAAAGUGAAAAUACUGAUUGCUACUGAUUUAGCAUCCCGAGGUCUCGAUGUUAACGAUGUCACACAUGUAUAUAAUUACGAUUUUCCACGGAAUAUUGAAGAAUAUGUACACAGAGUAGGGCGUACUGGAAGAGCAGGGAAGACAGGCAUAUCAAUUACCCUUAUGACUCAAGAUGACAGCAAGGUUGCCGGUGAAUUGAUUAAAAUUCUGCAAAGAGCCAAUCAGAGUGUCCCAAAAGAUCUUGUAACAAUGGCUGAACCGUACAACUUGCAUAAACUAAAAGGGGGCCCAGGGAAAAAAUCAAGAAAAUUUCAAGAAGCAUGCAGAGAGUCUUACUGA